AUGUCUUUGAGAUUCUCUUACUCGCAUUCUCUACCCCUUGUCUUUCUCUUCUUCCUUUGUUCCACUCCUUCAAUCUUGACUCAACACAAUGAGGACCCAACAACCAAAACCAUGCAAGAUUUCUCUGGGUACCCAGUUGAUGAACCACCUCAUCAUUUUACAUCAAACUCACUUUCAGUUGAUGCUCAAACUUUACAGAAACAGAUUGAUGAGCUAUCAGCUUUCUCGGAUACACCUGCCCCAUCAGUUACUAGGAUUCUCUACACUGACAAAGAUGUAUUGGCUCGAAGGUACAUAAAAAAUUUGUUGGGAGUCGCUGGGCUUUCUGUCAGAGAGGAUGCCGUUGGUAACAUUUUUGGUCGGUGGGAUGGCUAUAAAACAGAGCUCACUGCAGUGGCAACAGGUUCUCACAUAGAUGCUAUUCCAUACUCUGGAAAGUAUGAUGGUGUUGUUGGUGUUUUAGGUGCAAUAGAAGCCAUUAAAGCACUAAAGAGGUCUGGGUUCAAACCUAAAAGGUCAUUAGAGAUAAUUUUAUUCACUUCUGAAGAGCCAACACGCUUUGGGAUCAGCUGUUUGGGAAGCCGCUUAUUGGCAGGUGGUAUAGCACUUGCUAAAGCUUUGAAGACAACAGUUGAUGGCCAAAACAUAUCCUUCUUAGAUGCUGCAAGAUCUGCGGGAUAUGCAAGACAUGAAGAUGACUUAUCCAUUGUGUUUCUAAAAGAAGGAAGUUACUCUGCUUUUGUUGAAUUGCAUAUAGAGCAAGGGCCCACUCUUGAGGAGGAAGGUGUAUCUAUUGGUAUAGUAACUGCCAUUGCAGCCCCUGCAAGUAUAAAAGUAGAUUUUGAAGGCAAUGGUGGCCAUGCAGGUGCAGUCUUGAUGCCAAACAGAAAUGAUGCAGGACUGGCAGCUGCUGAGUUAGCGCUAGCUGUUGAGAAACAUGUAUUGGAAUCUGGAUCAGUUGAUACUGUUGGUACAGUAGGGAUUUUAGAACUGCACCCAGGAGCAAUCAACAGCAUCCCUAGUAAAUCACACCUUGAAAUUGACACACGAGAUAUUGAUGAAAAGAGAAGAAAUGUUGUUAUUGAGAAAAUCCAGCAAUCUGCAAUUUCAAUUGCCAGCAAGCGUAAGGUCAACCUAUCAGAAUUCAAGAUCAUAAAUCAGGACCCGCCAGCCCUUUCUGACAAAUCAAUAAUUGAAGCAAUGGAAGCUGCAUCGAAAGAGCUGAACCUAACGCAAAAGUUUAUGAUUAGCAGAGCUUACCAUGAUUCACUGUUUAUGGCAAGGAUAUCUCCUAUGGGCAUGAUAUUUAUUCCAUGUUACAAAGGAUACAGCCAUAAGCCUGAAGAAUAUGCUUCCACUCAGGAUAUAGCAAAUGGGGUCAAGGUGUUAGCGCUGACCCUAGCCAAGUUGUCCUCGCGCUGAUGUGUUGUAUAUAAAUUUUCUAAACUAGCUGCUCAGAAUAUUGAUACAGCUCCACCCAAGUGUUUCAACAACUCCAAGCCUCCAACAUUUGACUGAUGGUCUCAGGAAAACAAACAAUGCUUUGACAUUUAUGACAAAUAUUUGGCAUUUGGGGGUAUGGGAUAAACUUGUUCUUCUCCGUGAUCUCUUGGGAUGACCCAGUUUUUGCAGAAGUGAUAGAAGCAACCUUGCCGUGAUGAUCAGUACAGCAAUUACAUCAAAUAAUAACUGCCGAUGAUGAUCUACUCGUUGUUGGCUUCUUUUUUGAUUUAGGGCUCUCUGAAGAAACUGCUGCAUUUGACUCCAUUGAUUCAACUCGUUUCUCUCUCUCUCUCUCUCUCUCGUGAAAAUGGCGGGAAAAGUUGGUUAUUCAGUCGAGGAGAGAAAAUUGCUAUGUGAAAUGUGAUCUGGGAUUGGGAGGGGGAUUUUAUGGGGAGUAGACUCCGAUGAAGAACUGACAGGUGUUCAUUUAUGAUGCUUAUCUUUGGGCUCAAGACUGAAAAUUUAACACUGACGAAGAUGAUAAAAUUUUAAAGAGUGACCAAAUUAAUCA